AUGUCCUCCUUCCUAAAAUUCCUCGUCUCCUCCGGGGACGCCAACUCCCCACGCCGGCACAAACACCCUUACUACCCGCAGACUGUUGUCGUCCCCAACUAUGCGCCCAACACUUUGCAGCUGCCCAUGGUGCUCGGCGCAUUUGGCGGCGCCGUGUCGCUCUUGAUGGUGGCUGUGGUGGCCGUGGGGAAGAAGGUUAAUAAGCGGUUGACGUGGAAGGAUGCGGGGGUGUUGAGCUGGUUUACCCUUUGUGGUUUCUUGCAUUGUUUCUUUGAAGGAUACUACGUCCUCAACCACGCCACCCUCGCCGGUAAGCAAGACAUCUUCGCCCAGCUGUGGAAGGAGUACGCGCUGUCCGACUCGCGCAGCCUGCGCCACAUCACCCAGACCAUCGUCAGCGUUGGCCACCUUUACGGCGUCGCCCUCUACUUCGGCACCUGCUUCUUCCAGGAGAAGUUCCGCGGCAUCUCGUACAGCAGACCGGAGACGCUGUACUACUGGGUUUACUAUGCCAGCAUGAACGCGCCUUGGGUUAUUGUCCCUGCUAUCCUUCUCUUCCAAAGCACCCGCACCAUCCGCCAAGGCCUCUCGGUCCUCAACAAAGUCAAGAGCAUGAAGGGCGACUCCACCUCCUCCAGCGGCAGCAGCAUCUACAGCGGCAAGGCAGAGAGGCAUCAGCCCAGCAGGGAUAGCAGAGAUGGAGGCGAAAAGAGCAGGAGGGAUCGUGUCGCGGAACAGCAGGCGGCCUACCUCAGGGGAGAUGAUGGCAGGCCCGAGAGCAUUGCGGAGAGCAAGUAUGAGAACUGGGAGGACAGCAGGGCGGACGCGAGGGAGCAGUUGAGGAAGAAGAAGACAGUGAGGAGGGAGUGA